GACCUCGCUGCUUUCACAACAUAUAUAUACUCGUCUCCCGCCGUCCACAAAACAAAGCUCUCACCUGAUCUUCUUCGGCGUUGUUUCCUUUCUCCUGUUCUUCUUGUGCAUUAAUACCCAAAGUCAGUCAAUAAUAUCCAAGGGAAUACUUGCUUUUGCUUCGAGCGGUAAGAGAUGAAGAAGAACAGCUGUGGCGGUCAGUCGAAUUCUAAACCUGAUAGGAAAGCCAUCGAGAAGAAGCGCAGAAAUGACAUGAAAAAUUUGUGUUUUAAGCUUGCCUCUCUUAUUCCUCACCACAACUUCAAACCCUCCAAGGAAAUUGCAUCACAACAAGACCAGCUUGAUCUUGCAGCUGCCUAUAUAAAACAUUUGAGAGAAAGGAUAGAGAAAUUAAAGAGGUUGAAAGAAGAAGCAAUGAGAUCCACGGAAGCAAGCAGUAGCAUGAUGGAGAGGACAGCAUCGGUUGGUUUAACUUCGCCUGUGCUUGAAUUAAGAGAUUUCGGGUCAAGCAUUGAAUUGGUUCUGAUAACCGGAUUGAAUAAAAACUUCAUGCUAUAUGAAGUUAUUAGCAUUUUUGAACAAGAAGGGGCUGAAGUUGUAAGUGCCAGCUUUUCCACUGUGGGUGGCAAGAUUUUUCAUACCCUUCAUGCUCAGGCUAAACUUUCUAGAGUUGGUGUAGAGACUACAAGGGUGUGUCAGAGACUGCAAGAACUGAUUAAGAGUUAUUAAUACAAAGAUGUGGUUUCAUUUGGUCUGCUAUUUGUACUUAGCUUACCGUUGGAGGGGGAUCUCCAAUUUUACAGAACUAAAAGGGUUCGGAGAAUUUUAUCAAAUCGAAUUAGGUGACUAGAAGGGUUUGAUUGUUGAGUCGGAUUGGUGGCUAUCCUGUAGUCUACAAUCUGUCCUUCCGUCCAUGAGAAUUUGCUGAACUGUAAAAUUUUUUGUUUCCUAAAUCGCUAUUUCCCUAGCGAUUUCAAAUUGGAACCCACGUUCUAAAACAAUGAUCACUAGCUAUCGAAUAAAA